UCGCAUAUUUACAAUUUUACCCGACGUCCGGCUUGGUGUUUCUCGGCGGUUUAUCAACCGCUUCCUCCUCGUACGCGUGUGCGCUCACGGCGAUAAUGGCGUUCGCGUGAAAAGCGGCGACAUUUGUCCCAAAAACUGUCCAAGCUUCAGCGGUUUAGUCUUUACUAGCAACACAACUAGAUCACCACCACCACCACCACCACCAUCAGCAGCAGCAGCAGCAGCAGCGAGGAGGAGGAGGAAACUAGCUUCCUGGAGGGGAGACGGCUGUAUUUUCCAAGCAAAAAACGCGCUGAUAAUAAUAGUAAUAAUUAUAUUAAUAAUAAGUGCGUGGGGGACGUGUUUUUCCUUUUCCUGAGCUGGAAUGAAUUGUAAUUGUUGUUGUGGUUCACUACGAGCAGCCAACGAGACGGUGCGCAGAUUGAAGAAGUUCCAGUUUCCUCCUCCUGAGCUGAACAGAAAAGGCUACAAAAGGAGUUAUUAGCCCUGCAAAAUGAUCCACCCCCAGGCAUGACGCUCAACGAAAAAAGUGUACAGAACACCAUCACGCAGUGGAUUGUAGAUAUGGAAGGAGCACCCGGAACACUGUACGAAGGAGAGAAAUUUCAGCUGCUUUUCAAAUUUAGUAGUCGAUAUCCCUUUGAUUCACCUCAGGUAAUGUUCACAGGAGAGAAUAUACCUGUCCACCCACACGUGUAUAGCAACGGUCACAUCUGUCUGUCUAUUCUAACGGAAGAUUGGUCGCCGGCCCUCUCAGUGCAAUCAGUUUGUCUUAGCAUUAUCAGCAUGUUGUCCAGCUGCAAAGAAAAGAGACGACCGCCUGAUAACUCCUUUUAUGUAAGAACGUGUAACAAAAAUCCAAAGAAAACAAAAUGGUGGUAUCAUGAUGAUACAUGCUAAUGUACAAACUUUGUAAUAAUCGUAGAAGACAGAAGUCCUACUGACCUACGUAAAGCACUUUUUAAUCAUUCAGUCUUUGAACUCUGACCUUUGACUGGAAAAAUGGACACCACGCGCUGGAGGCUCUUGACUGCAUUUCCCUCACGGGCGGUUGGCUGCAUGUUUUAGUUGGUUGUAAUAUAGAAAAAUUGAAAGUGAUGGAUAGAUGCACCCAAGAUGGAUCGUUUUUUUUCCGACGAAAAAAAAAGAGGGGGUGGCAAUGCAGCGAGCAGGAAAACGCAGAUUUGUAGUGAGAUAAUUAUAAUUCCUGUUUUAAGAUUAUUCUUGUUACUUUUUUGUUUGUGUGUGGGUGCAUUUUAAGGUCCUUGUGUUGUGCAAUAAUAACUGAUGGAUGCAUGCUUGGGCCUGAAAAGAGAAAUCCAAAUCUUUAAUUGUCUUCUGGAAGGGAUCUGAUCAUCAAAACCCCAAGGAAAUGCUUCAUCUGUUUUUUUUUUUUUAUUAUUAUUCUUAUUCUUAUCAUAUGCACUGUGAAAGUAUCUAGUUUAAAAAAAAAAAAAAAGGCACUAUUAGUACGAUAUUCCCAGCUUGCAGAUGUACUGUGAGCAGUCCUCUACUUAUUCAUCAGGUUUAAGUUUGUAACCACUGUGUCGAGAUACACGCGGUUUUCUUCAUCUUCCAGCUCCCGGUUGCGGUUCUUCCUGCCGUCGAACAGAAUGUCGGUACAGAUGGGAAUAAAAAAUCAGAUUAGACGAUACAUCUCGUAGUCAUCCAGUGACCUCAGUGUACAUCUCCUAGAGUUACGACGGGCUGAACUCCUGCACUGUUCACUAGUCCGGCCUUUAAGAUGUGCAGCAGCCUCUCUUCCAUUUAAAGAAUGUCUGUGAGAGAACAUUGUCGCACGAUCCAUUUUUAUUUGUAUGAUACUUUGAUACUUUUAUUUUAUUUCAUGCUUUAAUCUAAAAAGGUUUGAUUUUAAAUGUUUUUUUUUUGUACGGUUUUUCAACUAGCUGAUGAUUUGAAAAGGGGACCUGGGAUUGUUUCGAUGGGUCAGUAUGCUUUUUUUUUUUUUUUUGUAUUUGUUAUUUUUAUUCAAACCGUUUUACGUUUGAUCUCCAGAACGGCAACGAAUGACAGUCUGUCUAGAAGUCGUAGAGACGAGGCUUUUGUGAUUCCCCCUGGUCAGAGUUUUGGCUCAGGUACUUUUUUCAAUGAAGAGAUCACGUCUAAGAAAAAAAAAACUAAAAAAAAAAAAAAAAAAAAGAUACCUAUCAGAUAUUUUGAAUUUAACUAUAUUUUCACCAAAAGAGACUGUUAUGUUGUAAACUUGUAACAUGUCUGAAACUUGUACAUAAGUCUUUGAUGAGAGAACUUAGCGGAGGAUGCGUUUUCUUUAUAGCAGGACGAUUAUAGGAGUGCUUUAUUUCCUUGGAAGAUUAGUCUGCAUCUUUUUUUUGCUAACUAGGAUGUGUACAGUCUGCAACAAACAGUUAAAAGUAGUAGUUUUACAGCGGGGUCGCAUGCAGUUUUAAACCCUGCUUUUUUGUAAUUGGCAUCAAACAUUGUGGCAACUUCUAGUCUUUCCAUAACUACGGUUAAUGGUUUGUUGGAUGGACGUUACAAAGCUCAACCUCCAGAUGCUGUAAUCACUCCAUUCCUAAAGAGAUGUUUAUUGCCAUCCAGUCAGAGAUACUUGAAUUUUUUCCAUUUUGGGUUUGUUUGUUUUUACUUUUUUUUUUUUUUUUUUUUUUUUUCCAGGGUCUAGUUUCUUGAAUGAACAUGAGUGAAUGUGAUGAUGCUCUAUACUGUAGAGGAGAUUACCACAGCACACCGCUAUCUCAAACAAAACGAAACAAAAAACAACCUAUAUUGUUAACUUAAAAACAUAUAUUUAACCAAUGACUUUUUUUGUUUUUUUGUUUUUUUAGCUUCUUUGUCUUGUCGGCUGUGAGAAAGACGAUAGGACUUUUGUGUAAAUGCAGUCAAGGAUGGAGACAAAGGGCCUUCAGGCAGUAGAUCAGUGGAGAUUUGAAAAACUUGCGCGUGAAUAUGUUACACAAGUUUGGAUGUGAUGUUUUCUUUUUUUUUUAAUUUUAUUCUUAGGUUGCUUUUUUUUUUUUCCUUUUCGAUGUGGUUUGAACUCUUAGCUUGCAGGUUGUUGUGAGUGAUCAACACUAAUGAGGGUGUGUUAUUUAUAUUUUAAAUUUUUUUUGUUCUGGGAUGUGCAAGCUCCAUGUAAUAGGUGCCUGUUCAUUUUCAUAAUCAAUAAUAAAAGCAAAGAUUCACUUUUAUUCAA